AUGGCAGCUAACAAUGCAGAUCAGGUCGUCUUUGAUAAGGUUGCUGAAAUCAACGCAUCUAAAGAGUCUUGGAACAUACGUGUUAAAGUCGUCAUGCUUUGGAAGCCGACCUAUAUAAACAAUCCUAAUAUGGUCGCAAGCCUGGACAUGAUUUUAAUUGACCAGGAGGGAAGUAGAAUUCAAGCAACAAUAAAAAAAAAAUCUUAUUCCUGUAUUUGA